AGUGCAGAGUGCAAGGUACAACAAACACACACCAUCACCAUUCACGAACAAUAAAAGUAACACCUUUUUUGCCUUUGAGUUUUUGAUUUCACACUUUUUCAUCCUGUUUUUCUGUUUUUUCCCCCAAAUAGAAGGUACAAACUUUUUUCUCUCUCUUCUCUCACUGCCUUGAUUGUUUCCACAAUCAAUUAAUUUCCGUUAUUAGGGGUUUUUUUUUUGAAAUGUGGAGGGACAACAAUGGAGUCUUCUGAAUCCGAAUCAGUUGGUUUCUCCAGCAAAGACCCACAAUUGGAUUCUGAAGUUGAACCUUCUUCCCCUGUUCCUAACCAUGAUAACGAUCCUCAACCCUCAGAUCUCAAUCACCUGGCCCAGGCUGAUGAUGAUGCACUUGGUGGGGAGCUCCAGAACAAGCUGGAUUUGAAGGAUGGAGAUGAAACUGAGAAUAAAGAUUCAAACUUUGAAGCUGAUGGUGGACAAUUGUGUGAUGAAGCUGCUGCCCCAGAAUCUGAUAAGGGCCAAGUGUGUGAUGAUGAUGAUGAUGAUAAUAAUGAUUAUGAUGGUUGGAAUGGUGGUGAUGAGGGCUGUGAUUGGAUUGAGGAUGUGAAUGGGAGAGUGAGUGAGAGUGAUAAGGUGGAUGGAGAUUUUGAUGAAGUGGAUGGUGGUGAAGUGGAGAACAAGGAUGACAUUAGCAAUGGUGGAGCUCAAAAGUACCCGUUGAGGCCUGAUGCUGAAGACUGUGCAUUUUAUCUCAAGACUGGGACUUGCAAAUUUGGAUUCAAUUGCAAGUUUAAUCACCCGAUUAGGUGGAAAAACCAGGCUGUUAAAGAGAAGGAAGGAGAAAGGGAUGAACCGGCUGAAAGAUCAGGCCAGACAGAAUGCAAGUAUUAUUUAAGGUCUGGGGGUUGCAAGUUUGGAAAAGCUUGUAAGUUUAACCACACAAGAGGAAAGUGUUUAGCAGCCCCAAUUUUAGAGCUUAACUUCCUCGGCCUUCCUAUUCGUUUGGGAGAGAAAGAGUGCCUCUAUUACAUGCGCACUGGCUCUUGUAAGUUUGGAGCAAACUGCAAGUAUAAUCAUCCGGAUCCUACAGCUGUUGGAGGAUUUGAUUCUUCUUCAGGGUAUGAUACUGGUAGUUCUAUUUCAUUACAAGGUGUAUCACAAUCAUCCAUGCCCUUGUGGUCUUCUACUAGAACAUCAAAUGAAAGUGCUUCUUUUGUGUCAAUGAUACUUUCGCCUACUCAAGGGGUUUCUCCCCAUAGUUCUGAAUGGAAUGGAUAUCAGGCACCUGUCUAUCUAUCUGAGAGGGGUAUGCAUCCACCUUCAGCAUAUGUCAUGAACAACCCAGCUAUUGAAACAAAUGUCUAUAUGCAUCAUCAAAAGCUGACCCCAGUUGAAGAGUUUCCAGAGAGGCCUGGCGAGCCAGAAUGCAGCUUCUUCUUAAAAACUGGGGAUUGCAAGUUUAAAUCUAAUUGUAAAUAUCACCAUCCAAAGAAUCGGGCAAGAUUACCUCCAUGCAACCUCAGUGACAAGGGUCUUCCUUUGAGACCGGACCAGAAUGUGUGCACGCAUUACAGCCGUUAUGGUAUUUGCAAAUUUGGACCAGCUUGUAGGUUUGACCACCCUAUAAACUCAUCACCCACGUCUAUGCCUGAACUUGAUCAACAAUUCUCCUACCCAAACUCAUCUAGUGUUGAGGUGGCUGGGAUGGUGGGUGGAAGUGACGGUGCCAGCGGUGCAACGAUUCAGCAACCUGUGUUGUAAACAUUCUCUGGCAGGGAUCUUCUAGCUUCUUUUGAGUUAUGCAUAUCACCCAUAAGUUGUAAUUAUCUUCUUAAACAUGAUAAAUUUUUAUUUAACUUCACUGGUUAUGCCUAACGCGGCACAACUUCUGCGGAAUUGACAUAUAUGCCAAAUAGAAGAUUUAUUACAAGUAACACAGGUAGUCUUUUGUUUCUGGUUUGUUUUCUUUCUCUUGGAUUAUUGUUGGAUUGUAGUCAGGUUGGUGUUAAAUGGGUGUGAAUGUUGACUUUUUUAUGCUUUUGUUGCAUGGUU